AACACUUUAUUUUGUGCGGGUGAUAAUAACUGCUGUGUGAUGCUACAUUGUUUAUUAUUGUCUGAAUUGGUUGUUACACAGGUAGCCUAGAGGUAAACACUUCCAAUGCAUUCUGCUCUGAGUCUUUCAAGCUCUAGCCCGUGACGCGCAGUCUGUCAACAUGAACUUUGAUCCUCCUUAACUGUGUCUCAUUUCACAAUUUAAGCUACUUACUAACGUUAUAUGUCGGUGUCGCUUUGUUGAGAGGAAAUUUCUAUGCAAUUUUGACAGGAUGACGGAAAAAGCAGCGACGCCUAUGCUUUUGCUUCACCCGUCCAGGGGACUAAUCGAUGAAAAGUUCUGUUUAAUCGUCCAAAAUCUGUCGCAAAUUCAAGAUAUCACCUUGCACGCGCUGAUCCACUCAGAUGAUGGCGAUUACUGGGAGGCCUUUGGCCACUAUGUUAGUGAUGCUACAGGACUUGUAAAUGUUGCCAAUGAUUCAAGUUUAGGAGGGACAUAUGAUGGCGUGGAACCCAUGGGACUGUUGUGGAGCAUGAGACCAGUACCUGGCAGUAGAAUUGGACUCAGGUUGAGGAAGAAAGAGGUCCACACUCCCAUGGUGGUGCACAUCUCUGUGUACAGGGGACACAUGAGUCAGGGGUUCAGAGAGCAGGUGGCCCUGGCGAGUGUCGUCACAGAGCGCUGGUACAUGGCCCCUGGAGUCCGCAGGGUCGACAUCACAGAGGGAGGGGUCACAGGGACCCUAUUCCUGCCACCAGGACCCGGGCCCUUCCCUGCCCUGUUGGAUCUGUGGGGUGGGGGUGGCGGUCUGGUGGAGUAUCGCUCUGCCCUCCUGUCGUCGCAUGGCUUUGUCUGUCUGGCCCUGGAGUACAUGACACCCCGGACCUCUGGGGGCUCAACCUCUCAUGUGGGGAACGAAUACUUUGAGGCUGCGUUCACCGUUCUCAAACAGCACCCUCAGGUGUGUGGGGACAGGAUAGCGAUACUGGGCCUGUCCUUUGGGACCUCAGUGGCUUUGGGGAUGGCCGUGUACUCCACUGUGAUUCAGCCCAGGUGUUUGGUAUGUGUGAGUGGCAGUCAUGUCCAGCCGGUGAAAGGCUCACUCUCUGAUGUCUUCAGUGAGAUUAAUAAAAACGUCCGUAACACUCGCUAUGAUGAGGAGAAUCGAGUGAUCUGGCGGGAUCUGCUUCUACCCAUUCCAACUGAUCCAAACAAGAAAGUGGAUGUGGGGCAGCUGAAAUGUCCUGUUCUAAUGAUUGUGGGUGAGGAUGACCAAAACUGGCCUGCCACUGAGUCAGCAGAGGACAUGAAGCAGAUGAUGGAGAAAGCAGGGAACAGUCACCUGCUGACCACUCUGUCCUACCCUGGAGCUGGUCACCUGAUUGAACCGCCGUAUAGUCCUCAUAUCCGUGCCAGCAACUUCAUGGUGGCUGGGACAAAACAAAAGUUGGUGGUUCUUUGGGGAGGAGAGACAGCGCCACACGGUCACGCACAGGAAGACUCCUGGAAGAAGAUCCUUUCUUUUCUGGAGGAGCACCUAUAUCGAAGCACAGAUGUGACCUCACCGUCAAAUCUGUGACCAGGCCAGAGACACAGACAUUUUAUUGAAAAAAUUGUAAUUAUGACGUAUCUUAAUUCUCAUCAGAGAUGUGAUGAAAAAUAAUUAUGUUGACACAAGUGUGCGUGGGAUUAAACCACAUAACUCAACGAGCCGAUGUCCCAAUCCAAAUGUUGUCGUUCCUUUUCUCCUGGUUUUGGUGAUCUACACGAGCCAUAACGUUCAAAGAUCGAGAAGAUCUCUCAGUUGGUGCAUUGUUUCAAAUGUUUCAUUCAGUUUUUCAUUUAAAUUAAAUAGACCUUGUCACUGCUUUCUUUCCCGUUUUACUGCUGUCACAAGCAAUAUUGCAUCUAAACCUGAUAACUUUUACUACUGUGCAUUUCUACUUUUAAAAAGGCGCUAUUACUAAUAGGUUGUAUAAAAUUCCUGUAAAAUUGUCAUCCUUGAAUAAAGGAAAGCGUUUGAAAAUGUAA